AUGUCUUAUACCAUCGGCAAGCUCGAUCUGGAGGAGCCCGACAGGAGAAAGAAGAUCGAGUGUAGAGGAGAUGCGGUGUUUUUCGGCUACUUGGUGGCCUUUUUAGUGCCGUUUUUGAUCGGUACGCUCGUUUUCUCAACGCCAUGGAUCAUCGUCAAAAUCGUCGGAAAAUCGGAACCGCAGGAUCAGCCGCAGAAUCUGAAGACAGGAAAAACACCAACCCCUAGCGAAACGAAGUGGUUCUGGGAUUCCUCGUUAGGCCAGCUCUUAUGCUCGUGCUGUACUGCAUGCAGCAAGAACAUGACGGAUCAACUUUCGCCGAUUGAACAUCCUCUUUUCGAAGUUCACUCACUCUCGGCGAGUUGUACGAGUAGCGGUGGAAAAUAUCAGAUUCCAGACAACUUCGAAAAGUGUCCGAAACUCUGCGACCAGUCCGAUUGGUGUUCCUUUUUUGUUCUUGAUGCGGAACAGGAAUACUGUAAGAUACUAGAAGAUUGUACCGUCAUACCGCUAAGGGACCCCUCUGCGAUUAGUAAAAAUUAG